GUUGGCAGACAGAUUUAUAGCCAAUAUCCUCUACGGAUCUAGAAUAUACUUCUGCACUUUCAUAAAUCCCCAAUCAAAGAGCCACGAUCAAUACGAAGACUAAAGAGAACUUCUAUAGAUAUUAUGAUUCCAAGCAAGUUACACCAAGCAUUCAAUGAGUUACAGUGAUUCUAAGUCAUAGAGCACUAACUAUCACCGUAAAAUUCUCAUGUCUCGCUCGUCACACGCGCCUGUACGCCACUUUUCUCAGGCCUAAUAGAUGACUAAAAGCCUCCAAGUAAGGAGAAAGGCCUGUAGCCAAUAUGCCCUAUCUAGGAUGCCUUGGAUUGUUGGCUGUCGGUAUAUAUAUUUCAAAUGGAUGCUGGAUAGUCCGCGAAGCGCUACUUUGCCGACAUUGAGGAUCGGUAUCCUGAAGCCAAGCCGAUUGUCUCAGUUCAUCUUUACGGCCACAUCUGUUCAGCGCAUCUUCUCUCCAUUCGACUGGAACCAAGACCAUCCACGUUCCCUCUAUGGCUGAAUCUAUCUCCGAGAGAGUUCUGUCUAUCUUCAACAAACAGGCCGGUGACCACGUCGAACAAGACGAAAAGAUUGCCUCGAUCGAAACGGAUAUGAUAGACGUUGCCGUAAACGCACCGCACACUGGAACAGUCACCAAGUUACUUGUCAGCGAGGGCGACACUGUCACAUUUGGACAACCUGUUGUUGAGAUUAGCCUACAAACGCGCGAUACUCCUUAUGAUACACGCAGUCACCGAAUACGGACCAAGCUUCUAAACCAUCCGAGGAGACUAGUUCACAAUGAUGACAUCCUUCAAGGCAGCGCGGCAACAUACAUCGAUAUGAUGCAUUCGUCGUAGAAGAAUGAUCCGUCCUCCGUG